CGAUUCGGACACAUGCGGAUGAUUCUUCUUUGAUGUCGCGUUCUUUCAUUCGCUCUGGUGAAGUCGUUUAAGUAAUAAAUGUGACAUUUUCAUACAGUUUGCGUAAGUUUUAGAGUGAAGUUUGUAUAUAUGUUUCUAAUGAGCGUUUUUGUGAGACACUAUAGAGCAGUUCUGUUGAUUGAUCGUGUUGUUUUCUCACAGUGUUUGUGUGAUAGCAGCACAUCUGAGCCUCAACGAGAUGAUGGAGUUUGAAAUUGAGCAAGCCAGGAGGUUCUGGGAGGAGGUGGAUGUUGAUGAAGUGUUCGAUGAUCUGCUGGAGAAACUUCAUCACUUAAGAAACGUGAUCACAAACAACACUGCUACUGACAGAGAGUAUGUUCAGGCCAUGAAGAUCACCCUGGAGUCUGAGCUCACCUCCUUCAGGAGCGAAGGCAUUCAGGAGGUGCUGAUUGAUGAAGAAAUACUGACGGUGACCGUAUCAGAGGCGGAGACGGAGAACUUUCUGCAGAAGGACAGCACACGGCUGUGCAGGGACGGAGAGUCGAGCUCGGAUCAGAGCCAGACGUCUGCUGCGAGCCGAGCCGAGCUGCUGCUGUCUCCUCUGAGCUUCUGUUCUGAAGAGCCCAGGUCUCCUGUGCACCUCGUCUACCAUCCACACGACUGCAGCGCUGCAUGUGUCCCGCAGCUGCCCGCUCACGCCGACCGCUUUCUGGGGCACAACCCGCUGCGUGCGCCCAUGCUGUGCCAGUUCCAGCGCCACUGCGACGAAUCUGACGCUUCAGACUCCAGUGUGCUUUAUAAAGCGCCGUGUGGACGGAGCCUGCGCUCCCUGGAGGAGGUGCUUCAGUUCCUACUUCAGUCAGACAGCCUCGGCGUGCUGCAGCCAGACCACUUCAGCUUCGACCCACAGAUUGUUCCAGAGAAUCAGGCGCAAGCUCCAACCUCGGCUGCGCUGCUGCUCGAGCGGGACCUCAGCCGCGGGAUCGAGCCGGUUCCCGUGUCUCUGUUCAACGAGCUGGACGGGACUCGGCCCAAAGAGUUCCGCUACCGUAAAGAGCGCUGGCCACACGGCUGCUUCCUCAGCAGCGCGCCUCUCUUCUCCGUGUGCUGCGACUGCACCGACGACUGCGCAGACGCAUGGAGCUGUGCAUGUGUUCAGCAGACGCUCAGAGGCUCAGGAGAGCAGCAAGCAUACAGACACCGCAGGCUGAGCGCGCCCCUGAGCGCAGGGUUGUUCGAGUGUGGCCCGUGGUGCGGCUGUGCGAGGAGCCGCUGUCAGAACCGUGUGGUGCAGAAGGGUCUGCGCGUGCGGCUGCAGGUGUUUCGUACGCCGGACCGCGGCUGGGCCGUUCGCUGCAGAGAUGACCUCGACCAGGGAACCUUCGUCUGCAUUUACGCAGGCGUGGUUCUCCGUCAGCAGCAGAGCGUGGAGGAGCCGGCGGAUGGAGAGCUGCUGGUGUCUGAUGAUGAGGUGGAGGUGGUGGAGGAGUGGAAGCUGCCCGCCGGACACUUGGAGACGGUCAGUGAGCCGCUGGACAGCUCUCCGCCGCUGUACGUGCCUGUGAUCCAGAGACCUGCCGAUCAGCUCAAGGAUCAGCAGCAGCUCGGCGUGUCGUCGCUGGACCGCAGUCAGAACGGGAGCGAGGUGUGUGAGGAGAUCGUGAGUAAGAGGCCCAGACUCGGACACGAGUCGCAGCACAAACACACAACUGAGCAGAUGUAUUACCUGGACGCCUCCAAAGAGGGAAACGUGGCCCGAUUCUUCAACCACAGCUGUGAGCCGAACCUCUUCCUGCAGAACGUCUUCACGGACACACACGACCCACAGUUCCCGCUCAUCGCCUUCUUCACCAGCAGGUGUGUUAAAGCUGGAUCUGAACUGACCUGGAACACGUGACGCUCUGCUCCAGAGAGAAACCACGAGGACGCUUCAUACUGUAAUGACUGUACUGA